AUGUGACUUUCCAAAUAGAAACUAGUAGAAGUAGUAGAGCCGCUGUGUCAGGGAACACAAAAACUCCUACAGACUCUUUCCCUCUCCGUGCUACACCACAUAAAAGUGAGAUAUGGCUACCGCUGGCAGUGUGCUGACUGAGGAGCAGCUCCUUUGCCCCAUCUGUCUGGAUCUGUUCAACCAACCGGUCUCCACUCCAUGUGGCCACAACUUCUGCAGGGAUUGCAUACAAGGGUACUGGCACAGCGCUAACCUGUCGCAGUGCCCCAUGUGCAAGCAGAAGUUCUACAAGAGGCCUGAGCUCAAAGUGAACACCUUCAUAUCUGAGGUGGCUUCUCAGUUCAAGAAGUCGUUGGAAAAGAAAAAUGCAGAUGAAGCAUGUACCAUGGACCAGUAUUCAGGCCAUAAGGGAGAGGUUUUGUGUGAUGUGUGUGUUGGAAAAGGAGUCAAGGCUCUUAAAUCGUGCUUGGACUGUUUGGCCUCCUUCUGCGAGACUCACCUGGAGCCCCAUCACGUUCUAGGCACCUUCAAGAAACACCACCUGAUCAACCCCAUGAUGAACAUGCAAGACAGAGUGUGUAAGAAGCACGAGAAACUCCUGGACCUGUUCUGCAACACUGACCAGACUUAUGUGUGUCAGAUGUGCAUUAAGAAAGACCACAAUGCUCAUCACACUGUACCUAUACAGGACGAGAGCAGAGACAGGAGGGCUCAGAUUGGACGGAUAAACGCAGAGGUGGAAAAAAUGAUUCAUAGCCGACUUGAGAAAGUCAGCGAAAUCAAUCAAGCUGUCCAGCUCAGUACAGGAAACACAGAAAGAGAGAUCGAGGAGAGUUUGCAAGUCUUCAACAAUCUGCUCCACAUUGUCCAGAGAGGCCAAGCGGAGGUAGUGGAGGUGAUAGGCGCAAAGCAAAGGCAAGUCGAAGGCCGGGCCCGAGGACUCGUCGCGGAGCUGGAGCAGGAGAUCGAUGAGCUGAGGCGGAAAAACACUGAGCUGGAGCAGCUCUCACGCACCGAAGAUGACCUGUACCUCAUCCAGAGGUGUCCAGCUUUCUCCACGCCGCCAACCACGAAGGACUGGUCCGACACCUGCGUAGAGAGUGCCGUAUAUGUGGGCACGGUGAGAAGAGCAGUCAGGAGGGUAGCGUGUCAGCUUGAGGAGACGGUAAAGGCUGAGGUGAAGAGGCUGUGUGAAACCGAAUUUCUGAGGGCUCAGCAGUGUGCUGUGGAUGUGACUCUGGACCCUGACACAGCUCAUCCCAAACUGGUGCUGUGCAAAAACAAGAAGCAGGUCUAUCACGGUGACGUAGCGCUGACCCUCCCGGACGACCCAGGAAGAUUUUACCCCGGCGUCAGCGUUUUGGGAAAGGAGGGUUUCUCAUCUGGCAGGCUGUACUAUGAAGUCCAGGUGAAAGGCAAGACAGAGUGGGAUAUUGGAGUCGGGCUUCAAUCCGUCAACAGAAAAGGAGGGAAUAUGCUAAACCCUGAAACAGGCUAUUGGGCCCUGGGGAUGAGAAAGGACAAGAGCUACUGGGCCCUCAGCAGCACUCCUAUCCGUGUGCCGCUGGUCGGGAAGCCCCAGAGAGUCGGGGUGUACGUGGAUAUGGAGUGUGGGCAGGUUUCAUUUUACAACGUGGAGUCUGCUUCUCAUAUCUACUCGUUCACCGGAUACUCAUUCAACGAAAGACUCUUCCCCUACUUUAACCCUCGGCGCAAUCAUGGCGGAGUCAACUCUGCCCCUCUGAUCAUCUCGCCUGUCAACGUCUGAAAUUUCAACUCUUCCUGUUGCUUAAGUGCUUUAACUAUUUUUUUUUAAUCAUUUUUCAUUUUCAAAUGAAGGUCCAGCGUGAUGUUUGCUGCUCUGUUUGCCUUAAUAAAGUUUGUCUACCCAUCUG